AUGGCGUCCAACUGGUUCAGCACCUCCUCAAAAGAGGCACCUUCAGACCCUCCUGACCUCCGCAUCCAAGUCGCCGACCAACGCCCCCACGAUUUCUACCUGCAACCCAGCUCCGGGCUAAGUCCCGCGACGAAUUCUUCCAACCUACCGAAGAUCGCGGUCGAUAGAACGCAUUCCAAGACACAUGUGUAUAGUGCUUCGCUCUUCGAUGUCGGGAUACUGAAAGAUACGCUUGUUCCUUCUUUCUCGCUGCAUGCGGGUUUGGCGGUUCUGGCGUACGGGGCUGCACGGUACACGGAUCGUGUUGAAGCGAAAGACUGGUUGUGGCCUAGUGGACAGGUUGUCAAUGCGUGGUGGUCUGCUGUUGGCCGGCGUGUAGCUGCUGGGUACACUGUCUCGCAAGCUUUUAGUCGGUUGUCCUGGCACGAACGGGUUAUGCUUACUGGAGUCACGUUAUGGGGUGGACGUCUGUUUUACCGCAUUGCGAGGCGGUCUAUCCAGCGGGGCGAAGACGAUCCUCGGUAUGUGGAAGUGAAAGAGGAGGACGGAUUCUGGAAUACUGCGCUCUUCAAGGUUUUUAUCCCGGAGGCCUUCUUCCAGAUGCUGAUCAGUUUGCCGUUUACUGCUCCUUUUCGUCAUGAAGGCGCGGUUAUGACGGGUUAUCAUCCUCUUGUCCAGAUGCUAGCUGUUGGCUUGUUUUCGUCUGGUUUGGCUCUCGAGAGUAUCGCAGACUACCAGCUUGAUCAGUACAAGGCCGAGGGCAACAAGGGAAUCCUGCGUGAGGGUGUCUGGAGCAUUGUCCGUAACCCCAACUACCUAGGUGAUGCACUAGUCCACAUCUCCUUCAUCGUCAUGCUGUACGGCUCUGAUAUGCUCGCACCCAUUGAACUCCUGGGCCCCGCCGCAAACUACGCCUUCCUCCGCUUCUUCGGCGGCGAUGCGCAAAAGGAGCAACACCAGCAACGCAGAUACUCUGCUUCAUCUCCUGAGAAGCUUCGUGAGUUGGAAAAGUUCCGCGCGGAUAAGAACGCGUUUUGGCCUAGUGUCGAUGAGUUGAAGAACAAGUGGCUAUGGACUGUACUGGGAUUCAGUGGCUUGGGAAUUGCUACCGAACAGUUGCUGAGAGCAUUCCACUAG